AUGUUGCUUGUAUUCCACGAGGACCUCAAUGGUUUGGUACCAAAUUUGAAGGAAACUGGUCGGCAUUUGUGCGAUUGUGGCACUUUUUUUUUGUCAGCCUGUCGAGUGACGGCUCUUCUUCACGCUCUCUCUUCCCACCAACAGAUCCAAUGUUCCACGGACGGAGCGCUCUGCUUUUGCGUGAAGCGAUUCUCCGGAGCAGCCGUGGCCAACACGCAUCGCUGGGCGCCGGAGCGACCCGACUGCCGAUUAGGUAAGCCCGAAGACGGCCUCGAAUGGUCGCAAUGA